UCUUCCUCCUCUUCCCCCUCCCGCAGACGCGGAUGCUCUCGGGCAGCGGUGGCCGCGGUGCGGGGCGGUGGGGGCAUGGCGGCCCCGGACAGCUGCGUGAAGGUGGCGGUGAGGAUCCGUCCCCAGCUGUCCAAAGAGAAAAUCGAGGGAUGUCACAUCUGCACCUCCGUGACGCCCGGUGAGCCCCAAGUGCUGCUGGGGAAGGACAAAGCCUUCACCUAUGACUUUGUCUUUGACCUGGACACGUGGCAGGAGCAGAUCUACACAACGUGCGUGGGCAAGCUCAUUGAAGGCUGCUUCGAGGGCUACAAUGCCACCGUGCUGGCGUAUGGCCAGACUGGUGCGGGAAAGACAUACACCAUGGGCACUGGCUUCGACAUGAGCAUCUCUGAGGAUGAGCAGGGCAUCAUCCCGCGGGCCAUCGGCCACCUCUUCAGCGGCAUUGAGGAGCGCAAGCGGGCGGCACAGAGUCAGGGGGUGGCAGCGCCUGAGUUCAAAGUCAGCGCCCAAUUCCUGGAGCUCUACAAUGAAGAGAUCCUGGACCUGUUUGACAGCACCCGUGACCCAGAUGCACGUCACCGCAAAUCCAACAUCAAAAUCCACGAGGAUGCCAGCGGGAGCAUCUACACCACGGGGGUCACAUCGCGGCUCAUCAGCUCCCAGGACGAGCUCAUCCAGUGCCUGAAGCAGGGAGCUCUUUCCCGCACCACUGCCAGCACCCAGAUGAAUGUGCAGAGCUCCCGGUCCCAUGCCAUCUUCACCAUUCAUCUGUGCCAGAUGAGAGUGUGUGCCCGCCCGGAGCUGGUGAACGGGGAGGUGACCGGCCUGCCGGAUGGAGCCCAGCCCACCACUGAGUACGAGACCCUCACAGCCAAGUUUCACUUUGUGGACCUGGCUGGCUCGGAGAGGCUGAAGAGAACGGGCGCUACUGGCGAGAGAGCCAAGGAAGGCAUCUCCAUCAACUGUGGGCUGCUGGCGCUGGGGAAUGUCAUCAGUGCCCUUGGAGACCAGAGCAAGAAAGCUGUGCAUGUGCCCUACCGCGACUCCAAGCUCACCCGCCUGCUGCAGGAUUCCCUCGGUGGCAACAGCCAAACCAUCAUGAUCGCUUGUGUGAGCCCAUCUGACCGCGACUUCAUGGAGACCCUGAACACUCUCAAGUAUGCCAACCGGGCUCGCAACAUCAAGAACAAGGUGGUGGUGAACCAGGACAAGACAAGUCAGCAGAUCAGUGCCCUGCGGGCUGAGAUCGCCCGUCUGCAGAUGGAGCUGAUGGAGUACAAGGCAGGCAAGAGGGUCAUUGGGGAGGACGGUUCAGAGGGCUACAGCGAUUUGUUCCGUGAGAACGCCAUGCUGCAGAAGGAGAACAGCGCCCUGCGCAUGCGGGUGAAGGCCAUGCAGGAGGCCAUCGACUCCAUCAACAACAGGGUCACCCAACUGAUGAGCCAGGAGGCCAACCUGAUGCUGGCCAAGGCAGGUGAUAGCAAUGAGGCCAUCGGUGCUCUCAUCCAGAACUACAUCCGAGAGAUUGAGGAGCUGAGGACGAAGCUUCUGGAGAGUGAAUCCAUGAAUGAGUCUUUGCGUCGCAGCCUCUCGCGCCUCUCUGCCCGUCCCCCCUACUCUGUGGGCUCAUCCCCAGCUCCUGGCCUGGCUGGGCUGGGCAGCCCUGCUGCCCCUGUGGAAACCGAGGCCUCUGACGUCCUGCGACGGGCCAAGCAGGACCUGGAGCGGCUGAAAAAGAAAGAGAGGAGGCAGCGGAGGAAAAGCCCAGAGAAGGAAGCAUUUAAGAAGCGGCCAAAACUGCAGCAGGACAACGGGGAGGAGACGGAUGAGAAUGAAGCAGAAGAGGAGGAGGAGGAGGAGGAACAGGAUGAGAGUGGCUGUGAGGAAGAGGAUGGACGUGAGGAUGAAGAUGAGGACUCAGGCAGUGAAGAAAGCCUGGUGGACUCGGACUCGGAUGCAGAGGAGAAGGCGGUGAAUUUCCAGGCUGACCUUGCAGAUUUGACUUGUGAGAUAGAGAUCAAGCAGAAGCUGAUCGAUGAGCUGGAGAACAGCCAACGGCGCUUGCAGACGCUCAAGCACCAGUAUGAGGAGAAGCUGAUCCUGCUGCAGAACAAGAUCCGGGACACGCAGCUGGAGCGGGACCGGGUCCUGCAGAACCUCAGCACCAUGGAGUGCUACACAGAGGAGAAGGCCAACAAGAUCAAAGCAGACUAUGAGAAACGGCUGAAGGAGAUGAACAGGGACCUGCAGAAGCUGCAGGCUGCCCAGAAGGAACAUGCUCGCCUGCUCAAGAACCAGUCCCGCUACGAGCGGGAGCUGAGGAAGCUGCAGGCAGAGGUGGCUGAGAUGAAGAAAGCAAAGGUUGCGCUGAUGAAGCAGAUGCGGGAGGAGCAGCAGCGGAGACGGCUGGCAGAGACGAAGAGGAACAGGGAAAUAGCACAGCUCAAGAAGGAGCAGCGCCGGCAGGAGUUUCAGAUCCGGGCUCUGGAGUCUCAGAAGCGGCAGCAGGAAAUUGUGCUGCGAAGGAAAACUCAGGAGGUCUCAGCGCUGCGCCGUCUCGCCAAGCCCAUGUCGGACCGAGUUGCAGGCAGGACGAGCCAGAAGCCAGCCAUGCUGGAUUCUGGUGCAGAGGUCUCAGCCAGCACCACCUCGUCUGAGCCAGAGUCCGGCGCUCGCUCCGUCUCCAGCAUCGUGCGCCAAUGGAACAGGAAAAUCAAUAACUUCCUGGGAGACCCCUCACCUUCUGUCAAUGGGGCUCGGCCAGUCAGGAAGAAGUUCCCCAAGAAGGGAUCGAGUCAGACCUUCAGUAAAGCUGCCCGCCUCAAGUGGCAGUCGCUGGAGCGGCGCAUCUUCGACAUUGUGAUGCAGAGGAUGACCAUCGUCAACCUGGAGGCUGACAUGGAGAGGCUCAUCAAGAAACGAGAGGAGCUGGCACUGCUGCAGGAGGCCCUGCUGGGCAAGAGGGCGAAACUGCAGGCAGAGAGCCCGAAGGAGCAGAAGGGGCUGCAGGAGCUGAAUGAGGAGAUUGAGGUGCUGGGGGCCAACAUUGACUACAUCAAUGACAGCAUCUCUGACUGCCAAGCUACCAUCAUGCAGAUUGAGGAGACCAAGGAGGAGCUGGACUCCACGGACACCUCGGUGGUGAUCAGCUCCUGCUCCCUUGCUGAAGCCCGGCUGCUGCUGGACAACUUCCUGAAGGCAUCCAUCGACAAGGGCCUGCAGGUGGCACAGAAGGAGGCCCAGAUCCGCCUCCUGGAGGGACGGCUGAAGCAGACGGAUGUGACCGGCUCCUCGCAGAACCACCUCAUCCUGGAUGCCCUGCGGGAGAAGGCUGAGUCGCACCCUGAGCUCCAGGCGCUGAUUCACAACGUCCAGCAAGAGAACGGCUACACCAGCACAGAUGAGGAGGUCUCUGAAUUCAGCUUGGCUUCGGAUGGGAGCAUCUCCCAGUCUUUCAGCAUGAAGGGCUCAGCGAGUCAGGAUGAUUUCAAGUUCAAGGGAGAGCCCAAGCUCUCGGGGCAGAUGAAGGCAGUGUCAGCUGAAUGUCUAGGACCCACGCUGGACAUCUCCACCAAGAACAUCACCAAGUCCUUGGCAUCGCUCAUGGAGAUCAAAGAGGAUGGGAUCAGCUUCUCAAUCCGAGACCCCUAUUACAAGGAGAAGGUGUCGCGAACCGUCAGCCUGCCCACGCGGGGGAGCACUUUUCCCAGACAAUCUCGUGUCUCAGACACGUCGCCUCUCACAAGGAGGAAAUCCUAUGACCGUGGGCAACCUGCUAGGCCUCCAGAUGUCGGCUUCACUCCUCCCUCAUCCCCACCCACACGCCCUCGCAAUGACCGCAAUGUCUUCUCUCGUCUCACGAGCAACCAGAGCCAGGGGUCUGCCUUGGACAAGUCUGAUGACAGCGAUUCCUCUGUCUCGGAGGUGCUGAGGGGCAUCAUUAAUCCAGUGGGUGGCACCAAGAACGCGCGGACAGCCCCGCUGCAGUGCGUCUCUGUGGCAGAAGGACACACCAAGCCUGUGCUCUGCCUGGAUGCCACCGAUGAACUGCUUUUCACUGGCUCCAAAGACCGGAGCUGUAAGAUGUGGAACUUGGUGACUGGUCAGGAAAUCGCUUCCCUCAAGGGUCACCCAAAUAACGUCGUUUCCAUCAAGUACUGCAGCCAUACGGGGUUGGUGUUCACCGUGUCCACGUCAUACAUCAAAGUGUGGGACAUCCGGGACUCAGCCCGCUGCAUCCGCACCCUCACGUCUUCUGGCCAGGUGAUCUCUGGGGAUGCGUGUGCUGGGACAACCACACGCACUGUGACCAGUGUGCAGGGGGAGCACCAGAUCAACCAGAUCGCUCUCAACCCCACUGGCACCACCCUCUAUGCUGCCACUGGAAACUCCGUCCGCAUCUGGGAGCUGAGCAGGCUGCAGCCUGUUGGAAAGCUGAGUGGCCACAUUGGGCCCGUGAUGUGUCUCACGGUAAACCAGACUGCAAGCAACCAUGACCUGGUGGUGACAGGCUCCAAAGAUCACUACGUCAAGGUGUUUGAGAUUGCUGAGGGCGUGGUGGGCAAUGUCAGCCCCACUCACAACUUCGAGCCCCCUCACUACGAUGGCAUCGAGUGCCUGGCCAUCCAGGGAGACGUCCUCUUCAGCGGCUCCAGGGACAACGGCAUUAAAAAGUGGGAUCUGGAGCAGCAGGAACUUCUCCAGCAAAUCCCAAAUGCACACAAAGACUGGGUCUGUGCCCUGGCCUUCAUCCCUGGCCGCCCCAUGGUGCUGAGUGCCUGCCGAGGAGGCAUGAUCAAAGUCUGGAAUGUGGACAACUUCACCCCGGUUGGGGAGAUCAAAGGGCACGACAGCCCCAUCAACGCCAUCUGUACCAACUCCAAGCACAUCUUCACUGCCUCCAGCGACCUGACAGUGAAGCUCUGGAGUGGGAGGAGGUUACCCACCAGCUCCAACUAGGAACUGCAGAGCUGCUAGAAGAUGUGGCAGGAGGGUGAAGGCUGGGGUUCACCCCAUCAUCUAUGGGAACUCUGCCCAGGGAUGGGGAUUCUUGUGCCUGACCCGGCAGGGUGGGUGAGAUCCAUCUUGUCCCAUCCUUGAGCACUGACAGAUCCCGUGAAGAGGCAGCUCAACAAAGCACCGUCCCCUCCACUUUGCCUCCUGCUGCAGUUUCUCAGUGGUUUUCCAGUGACCAGGAAAGACUUCAUGUCUUUUCUCACCCACCCUACUGUGCUGCCUGCCAGGUCUGUGAGGGGUUGGAGUCCAGGUGAGCUUCCUGGCUCCUUUUCAGAGACACCCAGCUCCCUCCUGCCUCUGUGGCUUCAUGCAGCCUCUGCCUGGAUUUGCUGCUUUUGUCCCCGCUGUCUCCAGGCUGGUUCCUGCAAGAAUCUUUCUCUGUUCCACAGUCUCAAGGCUAUUUGAAGUCUUCUGGCCGGGACCAGAGGUCAGGUUGUUCUUUUUUCCUUUGGAGACAUUUCCUGUGGGACGUCCUCUGUGCUGCAGUGGAUCUGCAGAAGGACCUUCAGUUAGUUCCAUCCUUCCCUAACCUCAGCAUACCUGGCUGCAGCAGCUGGAGCUGCACAUCUGACCUGGCUCACCCGGAGCUUCCCUGCUGUGCCAUCACACCACUUCCAGCCCAACCCGCUGUGCUUCCCUGCAGCCAUCUCUGAAUUCCGACUGCAAACUCUGCUGACCCUCUCCCCUUCCCCGUGUGCCCACUUUGCUCUGUGGUGGGGUAGGGAAGGGCUUCUCACCCUCAGCUACGGCUGCAGGAGGGUGAGGAUGGAGAUGGCUGUGCCAGGAGCAGAGCGCAGACGGGUUGGACGCUGGUCCUGCACGAGUCCCCCUGUGGCUGCACGCCUGAAGGACAAUCCUACAGAGAAUGAUUGUGCACAGCUGGAGCCCUUCAGAAGGCUGAAGGCUCAGCCCAGCAGUGUCAGCGAGGAUGCAGCCUCUCCAGCUGCCCUGCUCGCUUUUCUCUGGUCAGGGGGCCGACAAGGCCCUGGUCUCACACUGGAGCUUUCUUCUACCUCUCCUGUGGUCCCUCGAAGCAUCCCCUGCUCCAUCUGCCCUGCCUCACGCUGGGCUCGUGGGGGAACGGCUGUGUUGACCCUGGGAGUGGUGUUCUCACCUUAUGUGCUCUCACUUCACUUUUGUCACUGAAGAAACAACGUUUGAACUCGGAUUUAAGGAUUUCUCUGUGUGAUCCCAUUGGUGCUGAGCUAGGAUCUCGGAGGAGCUCCAGGAUGUGCCCCGUAAAGCACAGACCAAUUUCCUUCUGCUUUCUGCAGCCCUGUUUUUUUGUCACCAGCCCUUGUUCAAACCACUGCAGGAGGGAAUUUAUGCACACCUUGAAACAGGAGCAUCUCUACUGACUUGAUGAAAUCUUUCUUCUUUUAUCAUUUGGGGGGGGGGGGGGGGGAUGAAGAAAGUGCUGUUUACACGCCCCGCUGGAGGGCAUGAUGGCUGCACAGGGUCACCCUGCCCAGGACAGGAUGGUGGCUGCACCUGGGUCACAGCUGAGCUCUGUGCUGUGGGGCUGGGGGUGGGCAGAAAGGCUCAGAGGCCCCAUGGCUGCCCCGUGACGCACAGCACCAGGAGGUGGAGGCAGUGCUGCCCUCUCAGCCUGUUCUUUUUCACUGGGAUGUGUGUGUCUGCAUUUGUGUGGCUGUAGCUGGGUGUACCAUGGGCAUUGGUGUCUAAGUACCUGUGUGGGUUGGUAUUUCCCAUGUGGAAGAGUGACUUUUUUUUGGGGGGAGGGGGAUAUUGAUUUGGUUUAGCUACCUCACGGUGCAAGCUGGGUGCUGUUGUCAUUGGUUUCAUUUUGGGGGUGGGCUGGGGAGGCUUUGUUUGUAUUCCUUUGGCCACUGCUGUUAUGGAUUUGACACUUGAGUUUGUCCCAAAGACGCGCGGCCUCACUGCGCCUUGCUGUGUUUCUGAGCCCCUCCUGUUUCCUCCUGUUGCUCGGCACAGGGCUCUGUGCUUCUGCUCUUAGGCGUGGGGUCGAUGUGCAGCCUGAGGGCGGUGGUUCCCUUGAAGGACAGACUCAGCCUGUGUUCUUGCCUCUGCUCUCACAGAGAUUUGCUGUGGGUGCAAAGCAGCUCUUCUUGUCUGGGCAAUGCCAUGCAGGGCACGUUAUUGGAAUGGGCUGGUCCUGGUCCCUGUGUUCCAGAACCUGCUGUGAUGUGGUAGCAGCAGGCAGCUUGUGCUGUAACAGCCUCUGCCCGAAACGGAGGCAGCCUGAGAUGAACUGGAUCUCAUAGGUGCUGUUAGAGUUGUUGUCCCCAAAAUGUAGUUCAAUCUAGAUCCUGUCCCAGGCACUGAGCAUGACUAGGACAGCCCUAGGAAGUUGGCGCGGGGCUCUGCCCUGCUCCCCAGCACUGGGGGCUGUGGG